UUUCUCCUUUGCAACACGCAGAGGAAUUCUAUGCCUAAUCCACAUCUCUAUAAGACGCAGUUGCCCGCCAAUUUACACAUACAAUACGAGGCAGAAUUUGGUUAUUUCUCUGAUACGCAUCACCGGGGAAGAAUCCUAUACGAUAUGCAUGGAAUCAAGAAUUCCCGAUGCAUAACUGGAUAUCAACAAUAAUUUUCCGCACCAUGUUUUGUUGGAUGGAACCACUAUUUCUCUCGACUCUUGAGGCUUAUUCGUUAGAGUGUGUGAGCUAAUUUUGAUUCAGGUUGUGAAGAAGCAACAACGAGUAUGGAGCAGCCACAAAGAACAGGGCUUCCUCAAAUUGUUAAACUGGAUGUGGCGUCAAAACUGGCAGAAAAGUGGGUUAAUGAUAUGACCAGAAUUGAAGAGGUUGCACCUGCAGAGGUGGAAUCAGAAGGUCGACCACCUAGGCUAGGACUAGGUGCCAAAGUUGCACGCAAAACCAAAUAUACUCCUUCAGAUGACCCUGUUGAAAAGAAGUUACAUGCUAAGCUGGAAGCUGAAAAAAGAAAAGCUGCAAGAAGCAUUGAGGAGUCCAACCCAUCUAUUCGCAAUUUAUGUGAUGCCGACGAUGAAAGUGACGAGGAUUUGGAGAGCAGAACUAAUGCAUUUGCAAAGAAAAGAUCAGCUCCUCCAACAGCUUCUGUACAGACAAAAAAGAAACAGAAGUAAAAGGUCACAUUACUGACUUCAACUUUUUAGUGUAAAUUGUUUAUACCAUUGGAUUCAUGGUGCAAUCAAAUUAUGCAGUUUUGAGGGUCUAGAUACUUUUGAUUGUAUUUUAUUCUGUAUUCCCCUUUCUUUAUAUACAUCUGCUUUGUACUUUGUACGUAGAUGGAGUGUGAUGGCCUUGUUACUCGAGUGUGAUGGCCUUGUUGCUAACUAACUAUAGGAGUACAUGGUCAUUGUGUUUUGUUCUAAAGCAUGUGUGGAAAUAUUGGAAUGACAACAGGAUAUCUUCAUAUUACCAAAUGGUCUUUUGAAGUUCAUGUCUUUAAAUAUAUGACAAGGUUGAUAGCCA